CCGAGGCCCCUCCUCCUCCGGCGCCGGGGCGCGUGACGUCGUUUCCGGUCUGCCCGGGGCCCAACGCGGAUCCGACGCCCGGAGCCUCCGGGAGCCGCCAGGCAGACCCUGAGCAUGAGUGACGGGCUGAUGAGCAAAGCAGCCACCAUGGAGAUCCCAAUCCAUGGCAACGGAGACUCCCGGCGUCUCGCUGAGGACGAUGGUCUGGAGCAGGACCUCCAGCAGGUGAUGGUGUCGGGCCCCAACCUGAACGAGACCAGCAUUGUUUCCGGUGGCUACGGGGGCACCGCCGAGGGCAUCAUCCCCACCAGCGCCAUCAAAGGCUCUCUCGUUCCAUCUCACCCACCCCGAAGACCGCUCAUCUCCCCCAGCCCGUCGGCUGCCAGCCGGAUAGCCAGCCAGGCAGUUGCUGCCUCAGGUUCCAAUUUGCACCAGCCGCACUCCAACCCGGCCCUGGCAGGCGAGGAGGCCACGCGGGGCAUCGCGGUGGAGAAGUUCGAUGUCGUCAAGAAGUGGGGCAUCAACACCUACAAGUGCACAAAGCAGCUGCUCUCGGAGCGCUUUGGGAGGGGCUCUCGGACCGUCGACCUGGAGCUGGAGACGCAGAUUGAGCUCCUGCGGGACACCAAGCGCAAGUACGAGAGCGUCCUGGGCCUGGCCAGGGCCCUCACCAACCACUUCUACAGCCUGGUGCAGACGCAGCACGCCCUGGCCGACGCCUUCUCCGACCUCAGCCAGAAGUCCCCAGAGCUGCAGGAGGAGUUUGGCUACAACGCAGAGACCCAGAAGCUGCUGUGCAAGAACGGGGAGACUCUCCUGGGGGCCGUCAACUUCUUUGUCUCCAGCAUCAACACGCUGGUCAACAAGACCAUGGAGGACACUCUCAUGACCGUCAAGCAGUAUGAGACGGCCAGGCUGGAGUACGACGCCUACCGCACGGACCUGGAGGAGCUGAACUUGGGCCCUCGGGACGCCAGCACCCUCUGCCGCCUGGACGCCGCCCAGGCCCACUUCCAGGCCCACCGCGCCAAGUACGAGAAGCUGCGGGCAGACGUGGCCGUCAAGCUGAAGUUCUUGGAGGAGAACAAGGUGAAGGUGAUGCACAAGCAGCUGCUGCUCUUCCACAACGCCAUCUCGGCCUACUUUGCUGGCAACCAGCAGCAGCUGGAGCAGACGCUCAAACAGUUCAACGUCAAGCUGAAGAGCCCCGGAGCAGAGAAGCCCUCGUGGCUGGAGGAGCCGUGAAGCGCCGGCCCCCCUCCCCGGCCCCCCGUCCCCUCAUGGACCUGGACUCUGGAGCAGAAGAGGCAGGCCGGGUGAGGAGGGGGCCCUGGCCGGCAGAGACAGCCUCUCCUCUCUCCCCCACCAGCUUUUCCUGCGGCUGAUUGAGGGGCAGGGGACUCUCCCCCCACCCCGAUUUUGCUCUGGGCUCUGGAGAAGGGGCCCCGCCUCCACCACCUCCCCCAGGCCUCUGGGGCCGGCACUUUGGACACACUCCAUGGUGGUGGUGGGGAACAGCCACAAAAGAGGGGCUGGCAUUUUGGGGAGGGGGAAGCGGGGUUCUCCCUCUUGCCACAAGGCAGCUCCAGCCCCACACUACACAUUUCCUGCCCCCCUUGCUGGCAUAAACAGGGAGGGGGGGCAUCAUCCUCUGGCCCCCAGCUGCUGUUCUGCUCCAGUACUUUUCUCUCGGGGGGUGAAGUGGGGGUCCUGCAUUUGGGCAGCUCUGACCUCUCCCUAGUUGUGCUCCAAAUUGUGGCGGGGGGGGGGGGAGCUGUGUGCAGGAGGCCUCAGUCUGGAUGUGCUGCUAUUGGGGUGGGGGGUGAAUGUGAGGAUCCCAAGCUGGGAUUGCCCCCCCUCCCAGUAUGGACCAAAAAGUAGCAUGGCUUCAGCCUUGCGGGGAGGGGGGGAUGUGUGUGCGUGUGUGUGUGUGCGUGUGUGUGCGUGUGUGUGUGUUUUACGGCCAGUACCCCUGUGUUGUGUUCCUAGGUGAGGGGGCUCCAUGGGGGGUGGAGGCAGGGGGGGCACCAGGUGAAGGAAUGGGUGCUUCUCCCUGCUGGGUCCCCCAACCCUCUCUGUAAAGAUUCCAGAAUAAACGGUACGAAUCAGA